CCACCCUUGCUCAUCUUUAUACCAACAAAAAUCGUGUGCAAAUAUAUGGCUCCAUCGCCGUGAAAUUUUAAACAAAAGUAAACCUAAUGGCGUUAACAUUGUGGGAUCAGGUUUCACUGUAUUUAUUUAAGCAAGCAGUACAUCCUACGUAAACCAACCCAUAUUUUUUUCAGAAAGUCUCAACAGGCACUCGUAUAUUCAUAGGAAUUAAUUACUUUUCAUAAACCUGUCAGUGUACUAGGUUCAAUAGUUAAAAUCUAAAACAAAUGGAUGCGAAAAUUAUUUUUCUCUGUUUUACUGUGUUUGGAUCACUGACUCUUGGACGUACUUAUGGAACUGCAAUCGAAGAAACCGUGUUCGAAAAGUGUCUGUCCAGCAGUGGGGUGUUUAGUGCAUUGGUGGACCCCAUGGGAAACUCGGUGGACGUGAGUACUCUGGAGUCCCUGCUGUUUGCGGUUACAUCGAUUCUUUAUCAAGCAGAUAUAUGCACGUACAAGGAUGCGUACGUGUCUUGUAUUAAGACCGACCUCCCUACCUCUUCCUACGCCGCCGACGCCAGGCUAAAGAACGUCAUCAACGUCACCAAGUUCGAGUCAGAAAUAAACAGCAUAUGUAGCAUGGAUAUUUCAAAUUUAAUCUCAGCCGUCCAGGGAUGUGAAUCGAACCUAGUGACAAUCAAAACUUCUUGCAUUACUGUGGACUAUUCUUCGGAUGCCAACUUUUGUGCAACCACAAUGCCAACCUUUCUUUCAUGUUUGACAUCUUAUUGUGGGAGUGUUCUGUCAGACUUUGUACUUCAAGAAGUAGUCAACAUUAUGACACAGUCUUGCUUAGACCAGUUCAUUACAACAACAACCGUAUCAACAACAGCAGGACCAACUACAACCACAGAACCAACCACCACCACCACCACCACCACCGAACCAACAACCACCACCACAGAACCAACAACCCCCACCCUAGAACUAACGACCACUACCACCACAGAACCUACCACUACCACCACAGAACCCACAACAACAAUGACAGAACCAACAACCACUACCACAGAACCAACCACUACCACCACAGAACCAACCACUACCACCACAGAACCAACAACAACAAUGACAGAACCAACAACAACUACCACAGAACCCACAACCACCACCACAGAACCAACCACUAGCACCACAGAACCCACAACAACAAUGACAGAACCAACCACCACCACCACCACAGAACCCACAACCACAACAACAGAACCAACCACUACCACCACAGAACCCACAACAACAACGACAGAACCAACAACUACUACCACAGAAUCAACAACCACUACCACAGAACCAUCAACCACCACAACACAACCAACAUCAUCUUCCACAAACACACAGUCAACAACCACAGCACAAACUUCAAGUUCAACACAACCAUCCAGUUCUACACAAGCAACCUCAACAUCUCUAUCUACCAAUACAGAAGCAACGACAACCACCACUUCACAAGCAACAAUUGCCUCAACUGCACCAUCAACUACCACUGCUGAAUCAUUAACUACCAGUGCCACAACACAAUUGACAACCACCACAUCAACUAAUGCCACAACUACUCAGCCAUACCCUAAUAUGGACAGUGGGUGUACUAAUAUACCUGUUACUACUCUGGCAUUAUUGUUUUCUUUGUUAUUGCUUUUGAGAUAAAUGUAAUCAACUGAUUGGUGAAAGGAAUGUUUAUUUGGUUAUACAAGUAUAUUUACAAUUGUAAUCA